UGUUACUACUCUGGAUUCUCCACUUUGGAGAGGAAAACGUUACGUGAAUUGGACAACAUAUCCUAUUUUUUGUAUCCUCAGUGCAACAAUUUUGUUGUACUUUCUAACCUCCAUGAUUUCAAAUUUGAACUGAAGUUCGACAAACUGCAGCGACUUUUUCGCUACUUUCGCCGCAUGUCGGCAUCGUCCAAAGAUCAAGACCUCAAAGAAACGGACGAAGGCGAUGGAAAUUACGUUUGCAACAACUACCGCACCGGUCAUGAAACCAACGUCGACGAUGCAAGGCAAAAACCGCCAGCUGAAGAUAGAACACCACAUCAAAAUAGCAUCUCACCUAAGCUUCCGCAUGAAGAACCAUCUGAGGAUACUAGUAUGGUUUUAGUCCCUUAUGGCUAUGUCUUGGGUGAUUCAUUGGGUAAAGGGUCUUAUGCAGUUGUUAAAGUGGCGUUUUCCAAGAAGCUGAGGCGGCAAGUGGCUAUUAAGAUUAUCAUGAAGAAAAAGGCACCGCAAGACUACAUAACGAAGUUUUUACCGCGCGAGAUUACGGUUAUGAAACGACUCAAGCAUCCGAACAUCAUCGGACUUUACGAAGCAAUCGAAACAAGCUCUCGGAUUUAUCUCGUAAUGGACAUGGCCGACGGCGGAGACCUGCUAGACUACAUCAAAACGAACGGCCCAGUAUGCGAAAAGGAAGCUCGUUCGUUCUUCCGCCAGUUAAUCGACGCUUCAGAAUACCUCCAUAACUUGGACGUGGUUCACAGAGAUCUGAAAUGCGAGAACAUUUUGCUGGAUCGCAACAAAAAUAUAUUCCUGACGGAUUUCGGUUUCGCAAGGACCGUACCUAUCGACUUUGAUACAGGAAAACGAAGGCUGAGUUUGACCUUCUGCGGAUCAUAUGCCUACGCGCCGCCUGAAAUUCUUCGCGGCGUUGCUUACGACGGAACGCGCUCGGAUGUAUGGAGUUUGGGGGUGGUGUUGUUUACUAUGCUGUGUGCUAAAUUACCGUACGAUGACUCAAAUCUCAAGUUAUUGAUGGAGCAAGUAUCUAGGACCGUCGUUUUUCCUAAGAAGCGAAAAGUUUCCGAGGAGGCCAGACACCUCAUUUUAAAGAUGCUCUGCGAAGAAAAGGAGAGGAUUGACAUUUCAGGAAUAAAGGAACAUCCCUGGUAUCUUGGGAAGAAGAUGAAUGACGGGCUAAAAGAACACAAGGAAAGCGAGGACCUUGGAAAGGAUACUUCUCACGAUUCAGGGCUUGGGAGCGAGCCAGCACUUGGGAACGAGGCAGCACUUGGGAACGAGGGUCGAGGAUAACACGCAGGCUGUGUAUAUGACAAUAAUUCCGAAAUUAACUGAAAGGCAAGUGUCACAAGUAACAUCAGAAAACUACACUGAGGGGACUCAGAAAAUAAAGAAUGAGUUCUGCCUGCAACUUGGUAUUACAACGCUUGACUUUUUAUUCGGCAGAAGAGGAUUUUUAUCAUCGUCUUUGAGUAGACAUCCGUACUUUGCAUAAUUGAGAGGAUUCCAAGUUCCUGUGAAUGAUAUCUAGAAUCCACAGAGUGUAUCAUCAUGCGGUAAAACUCUUCUAGACAUGGGUAUGAAGACUUCUGUAAUGAAAAAGUCAAUUUGACAGGAUAUUAUCAUGGCAAAAAUCAAACAAAAGAAUAUGUAAUGUAAGUCACUAAAUCGAUCACUUCUUGUAAUAAAACUCCGAUCCUUUCUCA